UUUGUUGCUAAUGAAAAUCUCUGGUUAAGCAGGGAUGAAGAUGGAAUAUAUUAUGCUCUUGAUUUAGGAGCUACUACUUGCCAAGUCUUGAGAAUUCAACUUGGUGGUAGAGGGUCUAAGAUCAUAAACCACAAAGUUGAACUACAUCAGAUUCCCCAGGAAUUGGCAUCCAGUACAAGUGAGGAACUUUUUGAUUUUAUUUCUUUGACAUUAAAAGAAUUUGUUGAACGAGAGGAAAAUGGUAUCGAUCAAGCACCAGAUGAGAGGAAGGAACUUGGUUUUACAUUUUCUUUUCCUAUCAGGCAAUUGUCUAUUUCUUCAGGUGUUCUUAUCAAAUGGACGAAAGGAUUUGCAAUUGAAGAUGUUGUUGGAAAAGAUGUUUCGCGGUGCUUAGAGGAAGCCAUGUCAAGAAAUGGAUUGAAUAUGCGGGUGGGAGCUUUGGUGAAUGAUACUGUAGGCACAUUAGCUCUUGGCCAUUAUUAUGAUAAAGACACUGUUGCUGCAGUGAUAAUUGGAACAGGCACCAAUGCAUGCUAUGUUGAGCGAUCUGAUGCACUUAUUAAGUCGCAAGGCCUUCUUACAAACUCUGGAGGCAUGGUUGUCAACAUGGAGUGGGGAAACUUCUGGUCAGCACAUCUUCCAAAGACCUCUUAUGAUAUUGCUCUGGAUGAAGAAAGUCCAAACCGAAAUGAGCAAGGUUUUGAGAAAAUGAUUUCAGGGAUGUAUUUGGGUGAAAUUGUUAGAAGGGUACUUCAUAGGAUUGCGGAGGAGUCAGAUAUUUUUGGAGAAUCUGCAUAUCAUCUGUCAGUACCAUUUAUCUUGAGGACACCUUUGAUGGCUGCGAUGCACGAAGAUGAUUCUCCUAACUUAAGAGAAGUUGGAAGGAUACUUGAAGAACAAUUUCAGAUGCCUGGUAUCUCUCUGAAAGCAAGAAUGCUUGUUGUGAGAGUUUGCGACAUAGUUACCAGAAGGGCUGCUAGGUUAACUGCAGCCGGAAUAAUCGGUAUACUAAAAAAAAUAGGAAGAGAUGGGAUCAGUGGCGUGGCUAGUGGAAGAGCCAAAGGCAAACCAAAGAGAUCAGUUGUCGCAAUUGAGAGGGGCCUUUAUACGAAUUAUUCAAUAUUUAGGGAAUAUAUGAAUGAAGCCAUCACAGAUAUAUUAGGGGAGGAGAUUGCCCAAAAUGUGGUUCUCAGGGUGGCAGAAGAUGGAUCGGGAAUAGGCGCUGCUCUCCUUAUUGCAACAUAUUCAUCCAAACGAUGAAUCACCCAAUACAAAUAUUUUUUUUUCUGUGCAAAUGUAAGAAAUUGUUUCAUAGUAAAAUUAGUAUAUAUAUUUGCAAAAAAGAAAAAAAAAUAUAUAUAAGGUGGUGUUGUGCAGAAACUCCCAGUAUCUUUAAAUCUGUUGUGGUGUGUAAAUAUCUUUGUUGCUUGCUGAACAACAG